UUUAAAUAAUAUUUAAAAAUACUCUGCUGCUAGUUCAUAAUAUUACUCGUUUUUUGAAUAAUUCAUCACAACAAAAGUAGUCUGAACGAUUUACCAAAAUGCAUCAAAAAUUUUAUUUUGAAUUAUUAUGCAUUUUUUUAUAUACUACAAUCUCUACAACUUAUCAAGAAGACAUCAAAGCUAAUUCUACAUUGAAUAAUGAAAAAUUACGAUUAAUGUACUUUUGGGAACAAUUUGAUUUUUUAUAUCCUACUGAAGCUGCUCGACAACAAGCAAUAGAAAGUGGAGAAUAUGUUCCUGGAGGUGAACUACUUGGUGACAUUGACAUAUCACAUGGGAAAGAAGAUUCAAGAUUAUUUGUAACCUUUCCACGAAUUGGAAAAGGAACUCCUGCUACUCUAGGAUAUAUCUUGUCCAGCAGCAUUAAAAAUAAAAAAGAUAUUCCUGUAGUUAUUCCUUAUCCUAAUUUGGAGUUUAAUAAAGUUGGAAAUUGCAACAGUCUCAUAAGUGUUUAUCGAGUAAAGAUAGAUGAAUGUGGAAGGCUUUGGGUUCUUGACUCAGGAAAAAUAGGGGAGCAGAUAUGUCCACCGAAAAUAGUAAUGUUCGAUUUGAACUCUGAUCAAUCAUCAACAUAUGAAUUUCCAGAGGAUCAGUACAAUCCAGAAUCAACUUUUGUUAAUCUAGCUGUGGAUGUUCGUCAAAAUUGUUUAGAUACAUUUGUCUAUAUUGCAGAUCCAACAGGAUGUCAAUUAAUAAUUUAUGAUCACACAAACAAAAACUCUUGGAACAUUAAACAUGAUGUUUUCUCUUAUGAUCCAAACUAUAUUUCUUUCACUCUGGCUGGAUAUACGUUUGAUCAGAAAGAUGGUAUUCUAGGAUUGGCUUUAAGUCCCAUGAGAAAGAAUAACGACCGAAUUCUCUACUUCCAUUCGCUUUCAAGUGUUACAGAACAUUUCGUUGAAACAUCUGUUCUCAGAAAACAAUCAAAUUUUGAAUCUUAUGAUAAUGAUUCGAUAUUAAAACUAUUCUCAUCGAUGAAGAAAAAACGAUCAUCACAAACAGGAGUAGAAGUAAUAGACCGAAAUGGCGUACUUUUUUCUACUGCAGUCACGACAGCGAAGAUAAAUUGUUGGAAUACCAAUGAUGGUCUAUUUGAAGAAAAUAUAUUGGACAAUUUGGCUGUUGUCAGUGCUGAAGAUCCUGGAUUACCUUCUGCUUUAAAUUUAAAGAUGAUUAAUUUACCUAAUGGAAGAGAUGAACUAUGGACCAAUCUAGUAUUUUUCUUUGUAAAUGAUAAGAACGAAACGGGAAUGUAUUUUAAAGUCUACGCUGGAUAUACUGAUGAACUUGUUGAAGGCACAAAGUGUGCCCCUGCUUUCAUUAGCAAAUUAUAAAAUUUAAAAAAGCCCCUUAAUUACUUUGUAAUGAAUGUCUAAUGAAGUUGAGCACAAAAACUAUUCGAAAAUGUUACAAUUGAUAAACAGAAAUUUUAUUUCUACACUUAUGUAAUAGGAUGAAAAAUAAAGAUGUUAAAUGUAAGGAAUUGAAACGCCAGAAUGGUAGUAAUAAUAUUACUAAAAACACUUGUCAAACUUAAUGAUGUUUGUGUGGCUCCAGUUAUAAAAGAUUAUCUAUGUUAUCUGUAAUGAAUUUAAAUAUUAGAAUAUACUUAUCUACUAAAAUAAAAA